UGACCUUCUAGGGAUUCCUAAGAAGGGCAUAGACAUGCAAAAUGUACGAACAUAUUCAAAGCUUGAUGUUGCUGUUGAAGCAUGGAGAAAACGAUAUCGUAAACGAUUUGUGGCACCAACGAACCUGGCACGAUCUAUACUCACAAGUGAUGAAGCCAACAGUUUUCAUUUCCGACUGGACUUCCUGAUGUUAUUCUUAACCGUCAUGGUUGAGUGUAACAAAAAUGGGCGAAUGAAAGAGUGGAUUUUGAAAACUUUUACUGGAGACACGGAUUUCAGUAAAAUCAAUUGGUGUGCCUAUCUGAUCCAACAAAUCAAAUCAUGUAAAGAUGGCUGGAAGAGUUGUGAUCCUGAAUCUCCAUUUUCUGGACCACUCACACUUUUGGCUUUGCUAUAUGUCGACAGAGUUAAAUGCACAGGAUUUCCAGUUGACCGGACAAUAUACCCAAUCGUAUUCUGGAACAAAUACGAACUGAAAAAAAGAGAACGGUUUGAGAUAAAAAGAGGUGGCUUUGGUGGAGAGGAUUUGCAUGAAGUUGGUGUGGUUAGACGGGAUCCAAGAAAAACAGAGUUACAUGCUAAUGAUGAAGUUCUGAGUAAUGAGAUUGCAUUGAUAGAAAAACAUUUGGACGUGAUGGAGGCGAAAAGAGUUACGGUGGAAAAAAAAUUGGAAGUAGUGUUCAAUGCUCAUCCAGACAACGAGCAAGUUAAAAAAUUGAUACAACGAUUUGAGAAAAUUGUACACUAAAAAAA